UGAAGAGAGAGAGAGAGAGAGUAAAAACUAUACGAGUAGGAAUCUCUGUUAGUAGUAGUUUCGUUUCGUAAUUUUCCUGUUGUAAUUGAAAAAGAGGGCGUAUUUCUGUAAUUGAAAUUAGACAACCCCUAUAUUUACACGAAUCCUAUGUUAUGUUCCUACAGUUGGAUUUAUUUCGCUGAUUAAUUAGUGCCAUUUUCUCCUUGUGAAUUGUGUUAGGCUCCAGCGAUAACUUGGGUCUUUGGUAGCAAUUAUGACAUGACAGCACGUCAAAUCAUCAAGCGUCCAAGAAUUUUCAAUUGAAAUGGGCGUGAUGAUUUCAGUGGUAGUUUAUGUUUCCAGGACUGUCCUGUAAACGGGUCAGUCAUACUUAUAAGUGAGCAUAGUAUUUUGUAGGUCGGUCCGGUGAAAAGAUCGUACGUCGUGUAGGUGUUUCGGUAUGUGGUACGACCAGGCUGUGUUAUGAAUGAGGAGGCACUGUUGGCACGGGCUUCCGAGGAGCGGGAGCGUAUCUUCCAGCGAUACGAGAGAGGUCGUGAGAACCUCAUCGGACAAAUUGAUCCCUGGGAAGAUCCGGAGUUCGAGGAUUACCACAAAACCGAUCGAUAUGGAUUCAUUCAUGAUGAACGAUUGCCUCAGAAAACAGGGCCCCAAAAGGUCAAUAUUGAAGUGGAAAGGGAGAAAAAGUGGGUCAAAAUGCUUACUCAUUGGGACUCACCAGCGACCAAAGAAAAACUCCAUAGAAGAAUAUACAAAGGCAUUCCAAAUUCGCUUCGAAUAAAAGUAUGGUGCAAGUUAAUGGAUGUUAACAAAAUUAAGUCUGCUAAUCCAGGGAAGUUUCAAGAAAUGUUAAAACUAGCUAAGUUGUGGUCGACAGAUGUGCGACAAAUAGAUUCAGAUGUGAACAGACAGUUCCGGGAACAUCAAUUUUAUAGAGAACGAUAUUCAGAAAAACAAUGCUCAUUAUUCAAUGUCCUUUGCGCUUAUAGCAUGUAUAACUCGGAAGUAGGUUACUGUCAAGGAAUGUCUGGUCUGGCUGGGGUGCUGCUCAUGUAUAUGGAUGAAGAAGACGCGUUCUGGGCACUGGCUGUCCUACUCUCAGAUAAGAAGUAUGCCAUGCAUGGACUGUACAUAGAAGGGUUCCCAAAGUUAACAAGAUUUCUGGAACAUCACGACAAAAUACUCACAAAAUUUAUGCCAAAACUAAAACACCAUUUUGACAAGUUUGGCUUAGAUGCCAUCCUUUAUUCCCUGAAAUGGUUCUUUGUUUGCUUCGUGGAGAGAGUGCCAUUUAGCUUAUGCCUCAGGGUUUGGGAUAUUUAUCUGUUGGAUGGAGAAAGAGUGGUGACUGCAAUGGCUUACACAAUACUCAAGCUUCACAAGAAAGCAAUCAUGAAGUUAAAUGAUAUGGAUCUUAUUGUAAAUUAUAUUCAGCUACAUAAAGACUUUGGGUUUGAAGAUGAUAUGGUAAUCUAUCACUUGGAGCGAUCAAUGGAAGAAUUGAAACGAGCUAAGCUCGACUAUCCAGGCCCGCCCCCGCCCAACGAGCUGCCUAAACGACAGCUUGGUUUAUUUGUGGAGCCCGACAAAAAAUCAAAGAUUGGACAGCGGGCGGAGAAUUUUUCUGAGACUGAGAAACAGGCUAGAGCAACUGUGAUAUUGAGACGCGAAAAGGCUGCAAUAGAAUUGCAGGAGCUCCGAGUCUCACAGAGUGACACAGUGUCAGAGCACAGCGGCGUGGCGGGCGGGAUCCGCUGCGACGACUCGGUGUCGGCGCUCGGGUCGCGGCGCUCGCUCGCCGACACGAGCGUGACGAGCACGGCCGACCUGAGCGUGUUCUCGAGCGGCCGCUCCCAUGCCAUGGACAACUCACUGGACACGCAUUCCAACGUCAGCGACGACGCCACUGGGUCAGAUGGUUCGGGCAUUUGCGGGUUGAGUAUACAGCGGGCUCCGUCGACGGCGCACUCGACGCCCCGCGCGACGCCGCACCCUCCCUCCGUGUCGCCGAUGUCCGACGACGUGGUGCGCAUCCACGUCACGUACAACCCUCGGGCCGGCAGCCCACACCUGCACCCCAUCAGCCCCUCCAAGUACAAAGCCUAUAACAAUGAGGAACACCAUAAACCAGUCUCUCUUGGCUUCUACACCAGCAACGGCUCCACGAACCUGCCCUCAGACAAUAGAAUUCGUAUCCAAGUGCCAUCUGAAUCUGAAGAACUACUCACGCCAGUUGUUGAUGCAGGGAAUAAUAUAACGCCUCGGUUCAUCGAAUCUCAUACGGAAAUGUACGGAUCUUAAACGGAAUUUCUAUUUCUUACCUAAUUAUUAUUUUACCACCAUUUUUAUUUAUAUAAUGGCCAGUUAUGUUUAAUAUUACAAACUAUGACUGUAAUUAUAUUUUAUUCAAUGCUCGAAGUCAGUAAUUCUCGCUAUUAUUUAACACAAACUAUGUACAAAGUAGUGUUCCGUGUUAGGGAUUAUGUUUAUUUAAAUAUAAUAAAAAGACAGAAGCAAUAACAUAUUUGCUAGUGUAUUAUCUUGCUUAACUACUGCAGUAUCUUCGCAUUUUAAUUUGAAUAUAACUGAUAGUGUAGUUUACUUCGUCUUAAAGUUUUAGGUUAGGGAUGUUGAUAGCAAACUACAAUUUAUUCAAGCAGAUUCCAUAAGACAAUAAUUGGCUCUGUUUCUUGUUAAUUAUAUGAUAGUCUAGCCUGAGCUACGAAUAGUCUAAAAUGAUGAAAAAUAUAUAAAUGUUCAUAUGAGAACACAAAAGCAAUAACAGAUGCCUAAAGCAAAGCAACUAAGAAUAUAACCUAACGCACUCAGUAUUUAGUCCUAGUAUUUUUAAAUGAUUGUGUUCAAUGUCAGUUCACAGUGAAUGUUGUACAAAUUGCAAUAAAUCAGCAAUAUUAAGCUGUCACGCUUUAGCUUAGUAGUUAUUUUCGAGCACAUAACAAAUAAACAUUGACAAUACGCAAAAGCCAUACUAUAUCACGUUAUCGACACAGAGGAGUAUAUAUUUUGACAAGCCAUAUAGAUAUACGUUGUUCAAUUAUAAAAGCAUAUGCUGCUGCCUUUUAUGUAACUAGUAAGCAUUUUUAUAUUGUUCAUAUAAGCCUGUUAACAGUUUUCAAUAGCCAAGUUGUGCAAGUUUUUAAUAAUAACAAUUUAUUAUUAUGAUACAAAUAGUGUAUACAUAAUGUAUACUGCCAUAUAAAUGUUGUAUGUACAAUUAUUUUUGAAAAUGAAAUCAUAGAUUGGAGAUAUUUAGAUUACGUAAGUUAUUUUUGGGAGAUUCAAAAGUUGUUAGUGAAAAAUACAUAGAUUCGGCUUAGGUACCUUGAAUGUAUGUAAUGGUCCCACUAAUUAUACAUACUUGGGAAUAUCCUUAAGUGUCGUCUGUAGCCAUUGUUCGCUAGAUCAGAUAGUGGAUGACACUUGAAUUCAACUCUUUCUUAUAUUAUCGUUGCUAAGCUCUACUUGAAUAUAUCAUAAUUUGGGUCCUAAACCAGGAUUGGUAUUUAGAUGUAAAUAUUUCCUACUUAGUCUCUUCAUGAUUUCCUUUUAAAACCCCAUAAUCUAAAACUUUAGGUGUAUUAUAGACAGUUGUAAGAAUACGAUAGAUAUAAAAUUCCAUUCAAAUAAUGAGAAACGCAAUAAUGUCAGUUAAAUUGUUACUUGGAUAUUUAAUAUAAAUAGUUGUAAGGUGUAUGUCCGUGUGAUAUACAACGUUUUCGGUCAAUAUACAUAUAUGUGAUGUAUAUUAGGAUUAAAUUAAAUGCUUUCGAGAAAACACGAUAGGUACAUGUUCUCAAUUGUUUACAAUUUUACGAUUUAUAAUUAGACUAGAUGGAUAUUUUACUUUAGUACUUUAAGUUAUCUUUAAUGUUUAUGUAAGGCUUGCGCAGACUUCGUGUACUUUUACGUUUUUGAUGUUUUCUUGCUAUAGCGGAAUUGAAAUGAAAAGCUAUGCACAUGCAAUAACAUUUUGAUAAGAAAGAUGUUCGCGCCAGCCUUGUAUACAUUAUUUAUUCCAUACUACUCGAAUAUCAAUAUUUAUACGCAAUAACUGAUUUAAGGAUCUUCCAGGGACAGUUACUUAGGUAUUACAUUAUCGAAAUAGCCUCAUUUAGCUUUUCACCAUAUCAGAAAUAUUCAGGAACGAAUCUCAAGAUUUCGAUAUUAUUUUGGUUCUCGUUGGUAAGGAUGACUAAAACAGCAUCAUUUUACCUUGAUAAGAUCUUCGGAAUCCUGUGAUAAGAUAAGAUUUUGUGGCACUCAUUAUGUAGUUAGUCAAAUUUUACGGUUCUCAUGAUAUUCAACGCAAUUGGUAAAUACAGGCGUCCAAAUUAAGGAUCAAAAAAAACUUGUGCCAUUUUAUAAAUUUACGAUUAUUCCUUUUAUUAGUCACUUUCGUAUUUUGUAUUUUAUGAUUCUUAAAUAUUUUUUUAAUGCUCGGUAUUUUAGUAAGUAUACAAUCGGCAUUAUUUGCUUAAGAUUUUUAUUUUGAUAGAAAUAUUUAAGACAAUAGACAGCGAAUAUAAAUUGUUUUACAUGCUGCCUUGUACCUACGUUCUUGUUGCGUGGUGGGUUGACUUAAUAGCUUUUAUUUUAUCGCCAGUAACUUAUAUCUUUGUAUUGGUUAAUUACACUUAGAAUUUAAUGAAUAAACUUACUCAAUGCCUGGAGGAGGUAACUAAUAUAUACGCAUUAAAUACAAAUUAUGCUCAGUUCUAUUAUAAUAUGUUUAUUGUUUUUGGUGCAUGGAAAUUGGAACCUCAAAUUAGAUGUCCGUCCAAUUAUUUUGUAGACUGAAAGCAAUUUAUUCGGUACACGAAAACUUGAACGUUUCGGUUUAUUUGAGAAUUUAAUGAUUUAGCACGUCGCGUCGUUUAGUAAAUUCUAAUUUAUUUCCAUAGGUUAAUGAAUAGCUGUAUUAAAAUAUGAAGAAAGUCAUUAUUUUAAAUAUAUUUGAUGUGAAUAUUGUGCAGUUAGACGUUAAUUGUAAUGGCGGUUAGAGUAGACGUUAUUCGCAAGGGAAAAUAAAUGAAGAAGUAAAUUGUAUUAAUGUUUAUGUGGAAAUAUCACUCAUAUAAAGGGUGGGUAAUAAGCUGUUUGUUAUAAUUAUUGUGGAAUGAUAUUAUUUGUAUAAUAAUUAAGUAGAACUGUUAACAAUCAUUGAGAUACUCGCAUGUCUAAAGAAAAUAUUGAAGCUUGGGCUUGCUCUUGGUACAUGUUUUCGUAUUUAUUGUUAUAGCUGACACUGCAACACUGGCCAUUCCAACGAGUGUCAAUUGUAACGCGGGUAGUUCAGAAUAUUCAUACGUUUUGCAUAAAUUAGUUAUUAUAUUCCCUUAUUCAGUAAUUUUUCCAUUUACUUAAUCUUUUAUAUAAACCUAAGGUGCUCAAACUGCUGAUUCUGAUACAAACAAUUUAAAUAAAUUAUUCCAAAUGAUCUUGUAAUCCACUAAGUCUUUCCUGAAGAUAGAAAAAAGUUAUUUUUUUACCCCUAUUGAAUGGAAAAGCGAUAUAAAUAUAUUUACCAGAUUAUUCACGGAAAAUAAAUUAUGCGUUAGCUAGAUAUUGAAUCUUCAAUAACAUUAAUAUGUUAAAAUUGUUUGUGUGUACCUCUAUAUUCAAUUACUACAUGUUUAGCUAAAAUUGCAAUUAUAGAAUAGCAGUGGUUUAGAACAAAGUAACAGUAAAAGUCACCCAUCGAAAUUAUCUGUAUCUACGUAAGUUUAUAAGAAAUCAGGAAUUGUUUUAAAUCUAAGAACGUAAUAUUAAAAUAUUUAGUCAGUCAAGUUUCACUAUCGUUGGAUAAAUUAAAAAGUCGUUUUUAUGAGAAGUUGUUACGUUUACAUAACUAUCAUUUGUGUCAGUUUUUUCGAUAUGUACCUUAUCCUCUUAGUACGAAGUUGCUCUUUUAAUUGUGCAAUCUGUUAACAACACUUAUUAUAGAAUGUUUAGCGUAGCAACUUCUGAAAAGCUCUGUUCAUGUAAACAGAUGUCUACAAAUUCCAAAUAGGUACCUAUGUUCCAGUACUUAAACAGAAGUGUUUUUAAAUUAAAUAUUACGUAAAUAUAAUUUGAAAUUUAGUCUUGCGUAACUCGUCAGUAGUUCGUCGCUUAUUGGAGACAACAUGACAUCAUCUAUUACUCAUAGUUUUAUACCAAACUAGCUACUCCCGCACGGAUUUUCCCGCUGCUCUGCUCCUUCAGAUCGUAUCGUGAUGCUUUAUAACAAAAAAGGAAUUGCUCAAUUCGAACCAGUGGUUUCGGAGAUUAGCGCGUUCAAACAACCAAAUUGCAGCUUUAUUAAAUUAGUAUAGCUGAAAUAAGUACGAACAAUGACAGUUUUAAAUAUAUAAUUUCUAGAGACAUGAUCAGAGCUUUAUCCGACUAUAUCUGUUAUUAGAAACACAGUGAGAAUAGUGCCUGCACGAAUUUCGUUGUUACUCUACAUACUUAGUUCAUAAUAAUAAUAAAAAAAUAUUCGUAAAAUUGUUAACAUUUACCUGAAUACUGUUUAAAAUUAGUUAUUAGACUUAAUUGUAUGGUCAGCAUUUGCAAUAUACUUAUUAUACGUCAGAACUUGUAAAGUAUUAUUUUCGUAUCGUAUUUAUUUCUUACUGUAUUUUAUUUGCUUUAGUGUUUAAGGUAUUCAAUUGAAACACUUUUGUAGUGUAAAAUUAUUCGUGAUUGUAAUAGAGGGCCUGUAUAAUUUAUCUAUAUGAGGUGCUGGGAGCUCUCGAUCGAAAUUGUACGUUUGGUAGUGCUGAGAAACCUUGAAGCUAGAUUAGAUUGAAUUUGGGACUAUGCAAUGGUCUAUAAAAUGAGUGUUGUUUAUGUAUGUGCAUUUAUCAUGUAAUUGUUUGGGAAUAUGACGUCACAGAGUCGAUGUUCAAGGUGUACUUGUGUGUGUAGUGAGGUUACCACAGCAUUGAGAGAACAAGCCGUUUGAUGUUCCUACUCAGCAAUUAAAAUUGGAACUAACAUCAGCUGCGCGUCCAAACGAACAAAAAUGAUGUGCCAUGUUUAAUAAUAUUGGUUAACGAUUGCAUUAUACGUAACAAAGCACCGUAAAAAUUGUAUAACUAAACAACCUAAAAUAUCGUUAAUAUUUAACCAAUUUAAAAAAUGCUGCGUGUUCAUCAUUUGGCUUGAUUUAUGGACAGCAAAGUUUAACGCGUGAUGUAAAACUGCACCUUAAUAGAUGGAUCGUGUGACACUUCUUUGUGACGUAGUCGGUUAGAACUUUGAUGACGCAAUGUGUUAGUACUUCUAAAAACGCCUAUGGUCUAUGUUUAGGUAAUUAACUAAAUGUAAACACAAUAUUGGCAUGUCUUUCUAUGAAAAAAAAUUUAUGUUUACAAUAAGUAUUUACACAAAUCGAUGUUAGCUAUUAAGCUAAAAUUAAAUAAUCAUUGUGUGUAUUUUAUACGACCUCUCCAAUAUAAAAAGACUUGCCAAGAACGCUUACCUUUAGUAAAGUACCUAAAUGAAUACUGUCUAGUGGUCUAACACACUUCGUCAUAAAUGUUUGUAAAUGAUAGGUAAAAGAAUUUGAACCGUGUUGGGAAGUGUAUGCACGCUUAGAGAGCAAUGAUCGAUAUAAGUUUGUGGUACUCGUUGUUCGGUAAUGUCGGUGCACUUGCACUCGGUGGAUUAUGUUCACAAAGUUUAAUUUUUUUUAUAAAUAAUGUGAUUUCACUUGCUAUUAAUUGAUCCUGCUUACACUUACUGUAGGUACUUACUUUAAUCAAACUUGUAGGUUAGCUAAACUGAUUCAUAAUUAUAGUUUGUAAUAAAGUAUUCAAAGAAUUGAUUAAUCAUUUCAUUGUAACUUUCUCUGUUCUGAGCAAUAAUAUAUCAUAAAGAAGGUUUUAAAAAUCUGCUUUCGCAAGGCCCUCGACUUACAUUUUCUGAACAAUGGAAUAGCAAGUGAAAUUAUAUGUAUAAUAAUUAUGAUAUUGAUAUUAUAAAUCCAUUGCAGAAUAUAGCGAUUACGUUCGUCAGUUUUGUGUAUGUUUUUACAAAAGAUCUGUACACACAAGGUUACCGCCUCCGAAACUGUAAGUUUUGUAAUAUAAUGUUAUUUGUUCAGGACUUCGCUCAUAUUCGUCGUUCACAGAAGUUUUAGUUAAUCGCUAUAAAAGCUGACUUGGAAAUCGUCUAUAAAAUUAUUACGUAAUUUUAUUGUUAAGCUAGCAGUGAGCUCUCUUAAAAUAUUAGCGAGAAUAGACACUGUUCAUAAUUAAAUAUAAUAAUUUUCGA